AUGGCCGACCAAGCAGUAUGCGACUUCGAAUUUGAAAUGGCGAAUUUCAUUGACGAGUCGCGGUUUACCAACGAGUUUAUGGAUUCCGACGAAGGGAGCCCGCUUCCUGACCUCCACCAUACCGAUGAUACAAGUCCGCGUUCUCACCGCCCACACAGCUCUGGCGCUAUGGCACACGCCCCGCAAGACUGUGGCUCUCCCUCAGAAGCCCUAGGCCUUGCAAGCAGCAGCUCACGGUCCAUGGACGGGCCACAAGGGUCGACAUUCGACUCCACAUCCUCCAAGGCGACGUCCACGACGGCAUUUACCCGGAUGACGGCGGGAGACUCGCGGAUGGAUAUCGGCACUAGUGGAAAGAGCAGUUGGGAUAUAAUGUCAGAUUCGUUGCGAGCGCCAGCCCCCAAUGGUCUCCCGAUGAUGGACCGACCAUUCCAAUACCCUGAUGGCCCUGCCUCGACACAGUCACGCGUGCAGAGUCCCACGGACACCUCAAGCCCGUUUGGUUCUGCCCUUACCACUCUUUCACCAGAGGCAACCAUGGCAUCACCGCCGCCUUGUGACGACAGUUUCUUACUAACCAGGCGGAAGCCGUUCACCUUUAACCUGCCCGGAAUACAGUCGAACUCGGCAAACGAAGCGUCGUCCCUGUGCCUGCGACCUUCCCAACCAGCAGCGCCCCCGAACUACGAGUUCCACGGACCACAGGAGAAAGGAAAUGUAUCCACUGGCCUAUCCGGCUUUUUGAAUGCCAUUUACCCAAACACAGGCCAGUUCGGCGCAGGAGGACCGUUCUUCCCAAGUAAUGCACAUAUGCCCGUGCAACCUCCGGUCGAGCAUAAUCAGUACGGUCCCGGGCCAUACACAUUAGAAGUGGGCGCUAGCAGCACCAAAUCCCGAGUCGAGACCCAAAUCUCGGUCAAGUGGAGGCUUUCGCAGCUUCCACCGGGUGUCACCAAGGUCCAUCUUCCAAAACAUACCAUAAGCAAACCAAAGUUUUGGACCAAACCGCCUCCGCAGCCGUCUCCCGAUAUGCUGGAGCUGCACGCCAUGCUAGUUUGCACGAGUGCCAUGCAGGUUCAGCAGCAGAGGGCGGCGGCUCUGCAACGAGCUCAGAAACUGGCAGGCCUACGGGACAAGGAAGGGAGCGGAGAAACUGAGGAGGAGCAUGAGGAGCUCAAGACGCAGGAGGGAGGCGAGGUUCGAAUUUGCGAGAACUGCAUUGGCAGGGAGCGGAAACGGGCCGGGCGCAAAAAGUCGAAGCAUCCGCAAGAUGAGGAGGCCUGGCGAAGGGAUGAAGCCCGGCGAGUGAUUGUCUUCAACACGCACGAGGUCAAGGAAUGGGCACUGCAGAACCAUCCCGAAACUGGAUCGCGAAGAGCAUGGCAAAUAGAGGCUCCCAUGAGGAUUGCCUGUUACUGCCGGCAUCAUGCCGAGAAGCAAGGAUUCCAAAUCAUCUUCACCCUGACCAACCAUCUCGGCCAACUGAUCGCCCAGACGCUGUCGGAAUCCAUCAUGAUCACCGACGAUCACAAGACAACCAGCCCCAACCCUGUUAUCAAGCCAGUUCCUGGAGUGCCAGUCGCCAUGCUGAGCCCGCGGGAAGAAAUGACCGCGCAGGGCAUUCCGAGGCCUGGAACUUCAUUAGAGUCUUCCCCCAGCCUGGACCUGCAAGCUGCGAGACGCAGUUCGUUGGGCGCAAUACCCGCCGCAGCAGUGCCGGCCGAAGAACUUCAACCAGCCCUCGGCGCUCAGCACCUCUCCCGCCCAGCGUCGCCAUCGUUCCCUAGUGGACCAGCUAAACGGCGAAGGGGAAACCACUCGAUGACCAAGAUUCCCAAUGAUUUGGCCAUGACACCGCUCGAUACCUCGUUUUUGUCUGCACCACGAAUGCCGAAACCUGCUGCGAAUACCGCAGUGACGACGCCGGCCACGUCCUUUUCGCCGACCCCUCCCCCAUCGUUUCCGCCUUCUGCCGGAUUUCAAGUAUUUGGCGCGCCUGAGCCAUCGGCGAACUUCUUUGAAAGCGACCCACAGCCGAGUGGCAACAGUGGCCAGCUGCUUUCGCCGAACCCUAGCAGGACUCCCAGCCUGGCAAAUCUGGCCAUGUCCAUGUCCAUGUUUAGUAUGCCUUCGUCAGCUCGGCAGAUCCCUGCCGCCCACCCAGCUGGCCCGCGACCCGCGUCGAAUGCUGCGGCGGGCCAAGGGAGGAGUCAACAGACCCCGACACAAAGGGCCAUCUUCAAGGUCAUCCCCGGCGAAGGACCUGUCGCCGGCGGUGUCGAGGUCACGCUGAUGGGCCAAGGAUUCGACGCUGGGAUGCAGGUUAUGUUUGGCGACAAGCAGGCUCCAGGGACCAUGUACUGGUCGUCAGAGUCUCUUGUGUGCCUGCUGCCCCCAUCCGAGACGGCGGGCAUGGUGCCCGUCACUAUCAAGGGCCAGAACCUCGCCCCUCAGUGGUUCCGAUACGUGGAUGACAGCGAGCAACAGCUUCUACGGACUGCCCUCAUGAUUCUCGGAAAUAAAAUGACGGGUGGCUAUGAGGACCCGGCCGAGUUUGCCCGCCGGAUUAUCAAGGAGUCAUCUAGCGGCUAUCCUUCACCUGGAGCCGACAUGUCAGGCACUGAGGGCUCCUCCAACCGUGGCAGGGAGAAUUUCGAGGGCCACCUUCUCAAGUUGAUGGAACUGAUGGACCUCGCCAACAGCGCACGGAAGCCACGGCUCAACCUUAGGAGGAGGGUAACCGGACAGACCAUGUUACAUCUGGCCUGUAAGAUGGGCCUGCACCGCUUCGUAGCCGGUCUCCUAGCCCGAGGAGCCAAUCCGGAUCCACGCGACAACGGCGGUUACACAGCGUUACACAUGGCAUCGAUGAGCAACCACACUGAAAUUGUCCGGCUAUUGAUUGCCCAUGGAGCAGAUCCGACACUGCGGAGCUUGUCAGGUCUGACAGCUGCCGACGUCGCCAAGUCCAAAGAGGUUGUACGUAUAAUUCACCGCUUCGAGCAGCACAGAAGAUCGCAAAGCGAGAGCUCUUCGCAUAGUCGCAUCAACAGCGUCGCGAGCCUCAAGUCCUUACGGGAGCAUUCGUCGGUCGCUCAAGAGGUCACCGACAGUUCAAGCGACGACCCAGGACCUGAACCAGAUAGCUCCGAAGAGUACUCUGAAGCAUAUUCUUCGGACCUUUCGGAGGAAGCCGGAGCAGGCGAUCAGACUGAGCUUCUUGUACGGCGUCGCAAGAGCGCUGUCAAUACUCCUGCCCGGGCGAGGAGCCCGUCUCGUCCUCGUCGACGAGGGACCGAUGCCACAGGCGCGCUCAUGGCGGCCAUCAAGGACCAAGUCGCCGCGCAGUUCCAGCAGCUCCAACAGAGGAUGGGCCCGCACCUGCAGAAUCUGCCACAACUCCCUCAGCUUCCCCAACUGCCCCAGCUACCGCAGUUUCCCCAGUUCGCGCAACUCCCCAACUUCCCACAGAUGCCCAACAUGCCCCCUUUACCGGACGCCUGGCAAUACAUCUCGUCGUUUUCCAACAAGGCCGCAACUCCUCCUCCCGCGUACGACGAACUCUUCCCCGAGCAGCAGCCAGGCGCCAACGACCUAGACACGAAACUAUCGUCCGCCGCCCGAGCGGCCGCCGACGCUGCGGCGGACGCCAAGUGCGCGGCGCUUUUUGACCAUGACCAAGCCCAGGCGAGUUUGGCCUCGAUAACAAGCGGCGGAACUGCCGUGGUCAAGACCGCGAGCGCUAGUACCACUUUGGAGGAGGAAAACUGUGACGAGUCGGAGGGCCAGGAGAUUCCCGCGCUCUUGCAAAUCGGACGCAAAGAUGCUAUUACCCAGGAGCAGCAGCAGACGUUCCGGCGGGCGCACGCGCAGAAGAUGAAGAAGUUGAGCUGGGAUCGGAAUUUGUUCUUUAUCUGGAUUCCGCUGCUCAUUCUCAUGGUCGGUGCCAUGGUCUACCACGGCAUGCCGGGCUUCGUUACGGUGGCCCGCACACCGGCUCCCAAGGCGCAGGUCGAGGUGCCUGCGGCUGUCCGCCCCGGGGUGCAGCCUACGGCUGCUGAUGCUCCGGAGGGGGUAACUGCGGUACCGGUGUAG